CAAAACAAGAUGGCGGAUGGAGUAGACGAUCUCUCGCUAUGGGGAGAUGAUUUCGAAGUUAUAUUAGACAUUUUAGAAGAUGAUGAAACAGUCAAACAGCAGUUUGUAGCAACAGUUAACAAUGUCCAGCAACAUGAAAUUAUCUGCAAAGACUGUGGGAAAAAGUAUGAAACCAAAGGAGGUUAUGAACGACACAGAAGGUUGAAACACAGCAGUCUUCACGAGGGAUCUAUUCAGCCUUUGAGUGUCAGCAUACUUGCUGAAGUCGUGGCUUCCGCAAUCGGGAAAAUAAAUGAAGAAGAAGUGUUUACAAAAAGUAUGAACUAAGCAAGUAUUCUUUUCAACAGCCAGAGGAAGGAAGUUUCGAAUUCACUAGUAUAAAAUAAAUGUGAUGGGUUUUUAAAGAAGAGACUUAGAGAAGUUUUAUCAGAAAUAUUAUGCAACAGUUCCUGUGAAGUCUACACAGUUCUUCACUGGACUGUCAGGGAAUGCUGCCACAU